AUGACGUUGGACAAUGGUGAUAUAUGGGUUGAAUUUGAAGACGGCAGCCAUCUUGGUAUCAAGCCAACGGUUACGACUGUUACAUAUAAGAAAUCAGAACCACUGCCAGACAACGUAAAAAAUUAUCAGAUAUUUAAUUUACUUGGAAAUGGGGGUUUUGCCAGUGUUUACCGAGGAGUGAGAAAUGAAACAGGACAAGUGGUUGCUAUCAAGAUGAUAGAUAAGAAGGUGAUGAAACAGAAUGGCAUGACAGAAAGAGUUUGUAAAGAAGUAGAAAUACAUUCUCGAUUAAAACAUCCAUCAAUACUACAGCUCGAGAGUUACUUUGAAGACAGUGAUUAUGUAUAUUUAGUGCUGGAACUAUGUGAAAAUGGCGAAUUGUAUAAAUAUUUACAACGAUCAAGCAUGAUAUUACAAGAAAACAAAGCCAAGGAUUACAUGAACCAAAUAGUAGAAGGAGUACUAUAUCUACAUUCUCAUGGAAUAUUACAUAGAGAUCUUAAAUUGUCUAAUAUUCUACUAACUAAAGACCAUCAACUGAAAAUUGCUGAUUUUGGUUUGGCUACUCAAUUAUCUGUUGUUGGAGAGAAGAGAUACACAAUGUGUGGUACACCCAAUUUCAUUUCACCGGAGGUGAUAACCAGGUCAUCUCAUAGUUUAGAAGCAGACGUGUGGUCAUUAGGAUGUAUGCUAUAUACUUUCUUGGUAGGAAAACCACCCUUUGACACAGACGCGAUUACAUCAACAUUAACUAAAGUUGUAGCUGCUGAAUACAAAAUACCCAAACAUUUAUCUAUGAAAGCAAGAGAUUUGAUACGCUGUCUACUACAGAAAAAUCCUAAAGAGAGAAUUAGUUUAAAAGGUAUAUUUUGA